CAUUGCCAAGAGGUGGUGCUUAUUUACAUCGCGUAGCUAUAGGUUGAAUUUUUAAAUCAAAUUUUCAUUAAAGUGAACAGAUCCCGAUGGUUUUUGUUUAAUGUUCCCGUGAAGUAGUGAAGCCGGUCGUUGUCCGCGCAAUGCGUAUGUCCAUAAACACCCCGGAGGACUGCACAAUCAACGAGCAGUUCAUCAAGCUGGUUCACGAAACGCCGCUGCUAUGGAACUUGCACUUGCCCCUCUAUCGGAACCGGGAAAUCAAGGAGCAAAAGUGGGCUGAUGUCGGGGCCGUGUUCAAUCUCAGUGGCACCGAAGCAUACAAGAAGUUUGUUGCCUUGCGGGAAAAGUACAAACGCGAACAGAAGCUACGCGAAAGUAAAAGUAUUGCCCAAACGGAAUGUUGGCGAUUGUACGAUAAGCUCAAGUUCCUGGAUACGGUUUCGUUUUCCCGGGAUCGUCGAUGGUGCAAACCUAAGUACGUCAUCCGGCGGCAGAAUGGGUUUCCAACGACUGCUCAUUCGCGGCAGGAUUUGACAUCGUUAAUCAAAACGGAAUUUCCCGAUCUGCAGACGGUGGGAUCCGUGCCGACUUCGCCGAGCUACCAGAUGUCCGGGGAACCGUCGGAGAAUGAAUCCAACGAAGCAUACCAGGACAACUCGGAUUAUUACAAUGACUCAACCAUGCAGGGACCGAACUCGGAAGAACCUGAAGGAGGCGAUUACGCGGAGAAAAUCGAGAGUAUGCCCGAUGUGCAUCCGGUGGCUGGAACUUCGUUUCAACAGCAGGAUCAACAGCAACAAUUUCUGAGUCGCUUGGAGUGUAAAACGAAUGCAAUUUUGGACGAUCACGAAAAGCGAAAGAGCGGAAGUUGGGUACGAUGCGAGACUCUUGGGCACCGGGUGGCCCAAACCAUGCACACACUGGAAGAGCACGAUCCUGAUUUGGCACUUAAGUUCGACAUAAUGUUGAGCGAAGCUAUCACUAGUAUUAAGAAGGAUCAGCUGCAGAGGUUGAUGGCCCGGCAGCAACAGCAGCGGGAAGAUGAAGAGCAAAGGAAACGUUCCGAGCAGCUGCGGCUACAGCAGCAGCAGCAGCAAUUAGUGCAGAUGCAGCAAAGGCAACAACAAAAUGCCGACAGCGUGGGGCUGGAUCAGCAGCACUCACAACUUUGAUUGGAAGGUAGGUAAUGUUGUGUGUCGGAACUCUAUUUCCCACUUUAAUGACUGACAGCACUACGGAUGAAGUAUGAAUCUUCUACACGGUAGUUUAUUUAUUAUCUACAAUGAUUGACCUGCAAGGCAGUGUUUGUGUUGCAGCAAAAUCCUGAGCUUUUCAUGAAUCCUGAACAUAUUAAAAGUAUCUAGGUUAACCGUAGAA